UUCAUCUCUUGCCCAUGUCCUUCUAUCUUCUUCUUUCCUUACUACUCUUCUUAUUCCUCAAAUCAAUUGCUUUAAAAAGAGAACAACGAAGCCAUAAUCUUCCACCAGGCCCCGCGCCGCUCCCCUUUAUCGGCAAUCUCCUGAAACUCGGCCGUCUUCCCCAUGUCUCCCUCCGAAACCUCGCCGCAGAGCACGGCCCUCUCAUUCACCUCACCCUCGGCCAAAUCCCCACCAUCAUCGCCUCCUCAAAGGAAACAGCUUUCGAAAUCCUCAGAACGCAAGACCGCAUCUUUUGCAGCCGCCCCGAACUCAUUGCAAGCUCCCACCUUUCCUAUGGCGGCCUCGACAUCGCCUUCUCCCCUUACAACGAUCACUGGAAGCAAAUCAAACGAUUCAGCAAUGCGGAGUUCUUUGGGGCAAGUAAGGUGGAAUCAUUCCGCGCUAUUCGGGAUGAAGAAGUUGGUGUUUUGGUGAACACGAUAAGAAAGGAUUGGCGUGAUGGAAAGGCGACGGAUUUGAGCAAGAUGGCUGUUUGCUUCUUUAAUAAUGUUAUAUACAGAGAGGUGUUUGGGAAGAGAACGUCGGCGGAUGGGGAGUGCGGGGAGAGCCGACACCAGGAUCUUAUUAGGGCGGUGAUAGAUGUGCUCCCUGGGUUUAGUAUUGGGGAUUUAUUUCCUCGAUUUUGGUGGCUGGAUUGGCUUACCGGGUGGCGGCUGAAGCUUGUGAGAAGUUUCAGGGAGAUGGAUAAGCUUUUUGAUGAGGAGAUAAGAGAAAGACAACUGAAAAAAUCAGGUCUGGGAAGGAAAGAAGAAAACUUUCUUGAUUUGCUUCUUAGGUGUCAAGUUGAGAAGCAUCCGCUGCUAGGGUUCCUCAUGUCAAGGGAAGAUGUCAAGGCUUUGAUUGUGGAUUUAUUCUUCACAGCGACAGAGACAGCAGCAGUGACAAUUGAGUGGGGAAUGAGCGAGCUAAUGAAAAACCCAAUAGCCAUGAAGAAAGCUCAGGAAGAAGUCCGGCGAGUUGUCGGCACCGGAAAGCUGAAAGUUGAAGAAGAUGAUCUUCAACACCUCAGCUAUCUGAAGCUGGUUGUAAACGAAAUCUUGAGACUCCACCCUGCAGCUCCUUUGUUAGGUCCACAUGAAUGCAUGCAAGACACUAGAAUCAACGGCUACAAUAUUGCAGCAAAGACAAGAGUCAUCAUCAACGCUUCAGCCAUUGGAAGAGAUCCGAAGAGCUGGAGUGAUCCGGAGAGUUUUCAACCAGAGAGGUUUUUGAAUGGUAAAAUAAACUACAGAGGAAAUCAUUUUGAGUUCAUACCAUUUGGUUCGGGUCGUAGGAUUUGUCCUGGAAUGGCUCAUGGUGUUGUUGGGGUUGAGAUUGUUUUUGCAAAUCUUCUUUAUUGUUUUGAUUGGGAAUUGCCGAAUGGGAUGCAGGAGAAGGAAUUAGAUAUGGAGGAGCGUUAUGGGGUUAGUAUUUCUAGGAAAAAUCCGCUCCUUUUGAUGGCAAAACCAGCCUUCGGUGUCUCCAUAUAAUGAAAAACUAUUACGUGUCGGUUACCGUAUCAUAUAUUUGGAGGAUGGUCGGAAUGUAGUCACGUCAUCAUGUAUCACACGACAGUACUUCUGGAUCGUUGUCCAGACGUGUGAUCGCCUCACGUCAUGAUUAUAAUGUAUUUAAUUUGUCAUAGAGUCAACAAAAAAUAAUGCUUUCA